AUGGUUAUACUUAUUAUAAUUAUAUAUUUAUAUACAGAUAUUAUGGGGACAAGACUUAAUCCACUCCUUCUCGAAACUGACAGAACUUUUUCCACUUUGCCAAGACUUUUUCCGCUUUGCCAUAACUUAAUCCACUCCUUCCCGAAAGUGGCAAGACUUAAUCCACUUCUUCCCGAAACUGGCAAGACUUAA